UUCUUCAAUUCGGUAUGGAAUAAUAAUAAUAAUUCUGAUCCUCCUACUACGAUGGGAGUUUUCAAUCCAGCUCAAGCACCAGCGGAAUUUUCUACACAGAAUACAUCCGGAUUGACAAUAAUGCCUCCUCAUAUGUUUCCGGGAUUUGUUCCAACGCCGAUCUCGGGGCCGGCUUCUGGUCCCCGUCGUAAUAAUAAUGGUAAUCAAAUGUUUCCAGGACCAGUACCUCCGGAGCAUGUAAGUUUGCCACGUAUGAAUAUGAUGCCUCCUCCAAUUAUGGGAUUUCCUCAACAACCUGCAUCACUAGCCGGUGCUAUUAGACCUCCAAAGUCCUCUGAGUUAUUUGAUCCAAAUAAUUCAGGACAGUCAUCAAAUAUUGUAAUAUCUGCCUCCGAUUCCGCCUCACCUAUUUCAGUUCAGCCAUCUCCUGGUACGUUAGCGUUAGUUCCUUUACCAUCCAGACAUUCACCACCAGUAACAUCAUCAAAAGGAACAUCUAUUUCAAAUAAUAAACCAACUCCCGCAUCAUGUGCCGGAGUACCUUCUGGUGCAAAAGUUAUAAAUCAGAAUCACGUCAACACCCGUCGAAAAAAUAAUGGAAAUGAUAUUUUAACUAAUGCGAAUCACAAUUCCGUCGUGAAUGGUACUAUGAUGCGGUCUUUGAGCCUUUCUUCAAACCAUUCGCAGGGAAAAAGUCAAAGUAAUCACCAUCGUGCAUCUUCUAUAUCACCAUCAGGAAAUAACAAAAAGAAAGAAAGUGGGCUUUUAUUUGAUUAUUCUAUGCAAGUACCAUACGAAGGUGUUAAGCCCAGCGAAGCUAACGAACCACCACAACCAAAUCAUAUCAUCGAACUUUAUGAUUUUGCUGAAUCUGACAAUUUAGUUGAUAUUACAUUUGCUAAUGCUACUAUUAAAAUGAUUCAUCCACCCCAAGAUUCGCCUAAUAAGCGACCGACAGUUUUAGCUAUCUUUAAAACUUCGCGUGAGGCUAACAAAGCAAUGCAAAAUUUUAAGGGUGUAAGAUUCCAAAUCAAGACAUGGGAACCUUUGGUGAAAGGUAAUGGAAGUAAUGUCACACCAUCCAAUGUUGUCGACUAG